AUGCGUUCACUGAAAUGCUCGGGUUGUUUCGUUCGCCAACGAAGCUUAGUCCGCGCAAUACACGUUAGUGUUCGACAUGAAAACAAAGCGUCUUCAAAAGGCAAAGGCAAAGCCACUGCUCAAUCCCUGUUCGCACCUAUGAAAAAACCCUCAUCUCCUCCUCGAGCUCAGCCCACUACUCCUAGACCAAGUCCGGUAGCUACCGCUCACUUGCCCACCCAUGUAUCUUCACCUUCAUCCUCACGUGGUUGGCAACAAUUCGAAUCAUCAUGGACAUGGAAUACACCGCCGUCAACAAAUACGCCCAAAAUACAGGAAAGCGAAGGUAUCACGCAAGUUCGAACUAUAUUUGCUAAACCAUUAUCUUUCAAUCCGUGGAUUAGGAUAUUGGGAGCUGGUUUCGUAGCUUUUGUAGGAUUUCAAUGGUUUCGAAUACCUGAAUUACCCAAUCCUCCUACAUUAUGGGAUGCACCUAUUGAAACUUCAUGGGGAACGAGGAUAUGGGGAACGGUGAAGAAUUUGAUAUACGUUCAAACUCCUUAUUGGGCUUUCGGAGGAGCUGUACUUUCAAUUUGGAAAUUAGGAAAAUGUCUAAAUAUAGUAACGAAACUGGAACAAUGUAAAAUCAGAUCGUCGUCAAAUGGGAAUGAAGAUAUUUACAUCAAAAUGACGACUGGUAAAUCUGAUAUCCUGAAAAGAUUGAGUAAAGAACCCAGAAGGAUAAAUUUAAAAGAUAUUCAGAUAUCACCUAUUGAUGGACCACAUCAACAACAAGGCGAAAUGAUCCUCAAUCUCAAUAUUACCUCUUCAGUCGGUCGAUCAUUCAAUGACAAGAAACCAUAUAUCAUCGACACCAGAUAUGGAAAAUCUCUUGAUAAGUCUGAUGAACCUUACGUACUUUCACCAAGUAGAUUAAGGCAUGUCUUUGGACGUUUGGAAGGUAAAUAG